CUCACUGAUGCAUCAUCAGCUUCGUUGCUGUGUUACCUGAGAAUUUAGUAGUAAUAUUGGUGAAGGACCUGCUCUCGCUACUGUCUGUUAAGUUUAAUGUUGAGUUUAAGGGUUAAUCGGCUUCUUCGUAAACCCUUAAUCCGAUUUUCACCUUGCAUAAGCUCUAAUGGCGAAGCAUCUUUCUCGACAUCUUCGUCGAAACAUCCUCAUGGUCCAGAGAUAGAAGGAGAUUCUUCUAGUCAAGAAGAUGACCACUUUGGAGAGUUUAGGCAAUUGGGUUUCGGAAAGUCUUCAGCUUUGAAUGCUACGAGUGUUGGUGAUCCUGAAUUCGGAGAAAUUCGAAACCCUAGGUUCAAUGAGAUUGAUGAAUUAGGAGAAGAUGACGAUGAUGAAGAAGGAAAUGUAACAAGUGGCGACGAACUUGAUGAUGAUAAUGAUGGUUUUGCUGUUCUGAAAUCGAUCCCACAAUCGAGAGAAGAGGCUGGUAGAUUCGAUGUCGAAGAAGAUGAAUCUAGACAUCCUUUGGUGAGAGAGGUAGGUAGAUUGAUUGGCCUCAGGUCAUCUUGGAACCCGAAGCAUGAAGGUCAGAUGAGGAAUCUUUUAAGGAGCCUUAAACCAUCACAAGUAUGCGCUGUUUUACGCUCACAAGACGAUGAACGGGUUGCUCUUAAGUUCUUCUACUGGGCUGAUCGUCAAUGGCGGUAUCGCCAUGACCCCAUGGUGUAUUACUCGAUGCUUGAGGUUCUUAGUAAGACUAAACUGUGUCAAGGUUCUAGGAGAGUUCUCGUUCUGAUGAAGCGUAGAGGUAUAUAUCGAACCCCUGAAGCGUUUUCACGUGUAAUGGUAUCAUAUAGUAGGGCAGGUCAGCUGAGAGAUGCAUUGAAAGUGUUGACUCUUAUGCAGAGAGCUGGAGUUGAACCUAACUUGUUGAUUUGCAAUACGACUAUUGAUGUUUUCGUUAGAGCGAAUAGGUUGGAGAAAGCUUUACGGUUUCUAGAACGUAUGCAGGUUGUUGGUAUAGUGCCAAAUGUAGUGACUUAUAAUUGUAUGAUCAGAGGUUAUUGUGACUUGCAUCGAGUUGAGGAGGCAAUUGAACUACUAGAGGAUAUGCAUAGUAAAGGAUGUUUGCCGGAUAAAGUUAGUUACUAUACCAUAAUGGGCUAUCUUUGUAAAGAAAAACGGAUUGUGGAAGUGAGAGACUUGAUGAAGAAAAUGGCGAAAGAGCAUGGUUUGGUGCCGGAUCAAGUCACCUACAAUACUCUAAUUCAUAUGCUCACUAAACAUGAUCAUGCGGAUGAGGCUCUUUGGUUUCUAAAAGAUGCUCAAGAAAAAGGUUUUCGGAUUGAUAAGCUGGGUUAUAGUGCCAUAGUUCAUGCAUUAUGCAAAGAGGGAAGAAUGUCUGAGGCGAAAGAUCUCAUUAACGAAAUGUUGUCAAAGGGGCACUGCCCUCCUGAUGUAGUAACUUAUACUGCAGUUGUCAAUGGCUUCUGUCGUUUGGGUGAAGUGGACAAAGCCAAAAAGCUACUUCAGGUUAUGCACACACAUGGACAUAAACCAAAUACUGUGUCAUACACAGCUCUGUUAAAUGGGAUGUGCCGAACUGGGAAAUCGUUAGAGGCAAGAGAAAUGAUGAACAUGAGCGAAGAGCACUGGUGGAGUCCAAAUUCUAUUACUUAUAGCGUAAUUAUGCAUGGGUUGCGAAGGGAAGGGAAAUUGUCUGAGGCCUGUGAUGUGGUGAGAGAGAUGGUACUAAAAGGGUUUUUCCCAGGCCCAGUUGAAAUUAACUUGUUGCUCCAGAGUCUUUGCCGGGAUGGGAGAACACACGAGGCCAGAAAAUUCAUGGAGGAGUGUCUGAACAAGGGUUGUGCUAUUAAUGUUGUGAAUUUUACUACAGUGAUUCAUGGUUUUUGUCAGAACGAUGAGCUAGAUGCUGCUCUAUCCGUGCUUGAUGACAUGUACCUGAUCAACAAACACGCGGAUGUCUUCACCUAUACUACUUUAGUUGAUACAUUGGGGAAAAAAGGUAGAAUAGCAGAAGCAACAGAACUUAUGAAGAAGAUGCUUCAUAAAGGAAUUGAUCCUACCCCUGUUACAUACAGAACUGUCAUCCAUCGAUACUGCCAAAUGGGAAAGGUUGAUGAUCUCGUGGCUAUACUGGAGAAGAUGAUAUCGAGGCAGAAAUGCAGGACAAUUUAUAAUCAAGUCAUUGAGAAGCUCUGUGUUCUGGGAAAGCUCGAGGAGGCAGAUACACUUUUGGGAAAAGUUCUGAGGACAGCUUCAAGAUCUGAUGCUAAGACAUGUUAUGCGCUUAUGGAAGGCUAUCUUAAGAAAGGUGUACCUCUGUCAGCAUAUAAAGUAGCUUGUCGGAUGUUUAACCGCAAUCUGAUACCUGAUGUUAAGAUGUGUGAGAAGCUUAGCAAGAGACUGGUUCUGAAAGGUAAAGUUGACGAGGCAGAUAAGCUAAUGUUACGUUUGGUUGAGCGAGGUCAUAUUUCACCCCAGUCCUUAAAACAGUAG